UCGAUAACAUUUCACUAUGUUUACAUAUUCUGAAAGUCAACAUCUUAAUUCUAAAAUAGGUUAAUGGAAAUGCUCGUCACCUUUGAAAAUGGUCUGUUGGGCUGAUUCCUUUAUGAUUCGCUCUCCUGCUUUGUGUUUAUAUAUCCUGUCAUCUCCAGAAUGUCUUGAACAGCUGGUUUGUUCAAAAAAUGGUUGCAGUAAAGGGUCUCUGGUUAUUGUUUAUGCUGCUUUUAGUUUUUUUUCCCUAGAAUAGCUCCCUCCACUUUAUUCCCGCCAUCAGAUUCUGCCAAGGGGUACUUUUUUAAUAAGGUAUCAUUGAUAUACACUCUUAUGAAGGUUUCACAUGAAAAACCUUGUGGUUACUACGUUGACCCAUAUUACCAAGUCCCCCCCACAAACCCCAUUGCAGUCACUGUCCAUCAGGGUAGGAAGAGGCCACAGAGUCACUUGUUGCAGUCGGGGACGGCGAAAAUGAGAAACCGAGUCAGAAUGACGUUUAAUGCAGGGGCUUAGACUUCUCUGGAGACAAGGCAUCAAGUCAGCACUCCCCUGCGUCUUUAUUAAGUUACAGCAAGCAAAAAGACAGGCAUCGAUUAAUGAGUAUAGGGUGGGUCUUCCAGCCGAGGGGCCACGGCCAUCAUUCCAUCUUGGUGGUUCCUCCAGGAGUGAAGAGCCCCACCAUCCAUCUGGCUCCUGUGGCAGUGGCCCCCGCACGAGCUGACAUUAGAACCACAGUGCCCAAGGGGACGGUGGCCAAGCAGCCCCCCACGGUCCUCCGGCAGCUGCACAUCAAAGAGGCCAAGUGCAGCUGGAGCCCCCCUAGCUUGCGUGCUGGGGAAGGAGCAUCCCUCAGCACCCCUCCUCUGACCGGACUUGCAGGGAGGAGCUGCUCGUGUGCCAGCCAGGCCUUUCCAUGGCACUUGGCGCAGGGCCGGAAGCGUUCCGGGACCGAGCGCGGCUGUCUCAGAGGCCCAGGCGAGGUAGAGAGAGGAGGCCAAGCAGCUGAGCGGCUGAAGCACCAUGGCUCCAAACUCGCAGGAAAAUGUAACUCUGGCCAUUGCCAUGUUUACCAUCGUCGCCUCCAUCUAUUUCUUCAACAAGGCUCAACAAUGAGAAGACCCAGGACGCGCCUAAUCUAAGAGCUUUGCGUCUGCCUCAGACCAUGACUCUGGCUUCUGAGACCGAAUAAAUGUGACUGAAUCAGCACAUCCGCUUCAUCCCACCACCCUGGCGGAGGCAUACAGACUGGGCAGCUCUGGGGUUGAGGGCCAGCUCUUUGGGCCAGGGGGUGUGGUGGGGGAGGGACCUGGCCUCCUGGGGCUGAGGAAGGAGGGAACUGGAGACCCGGACUUCAGAUCUGAGGCUAAGAGCCCAGAAUCUGAACUGGGUUUUGAGGGAUGAAUAAGAGUCUGUCAGGAGCAUUUAGAGAGUGGGGAAGGACAUUUCAACUUUGUAUGCAAGAGCACAGAGGGAAGGAAGAGCAGAACUGAUUCACCUGGUACCAACACAGACAGCUACGGACUUCAGAUCUGUUUCUUGUCUCUGAGCCCUGGUUUUCUUGUCAGUCAGACAAGACAAAGAUGAAAUCUUUGUCUGAUGGCCCCAGAAGGCCACAAGGGUGGCCUGAGAUCAAAGAUGUGAAUGGAAUUUGUAAGCUGCAAAGGGUCUGUAGUUAUCAUCUUCAUCCUUCCCAUCUUACUCUCACCAAACUCCUAUUCAACCUUCAGUACCAAUUGUCAAUGCCCCUUCCCAUGGAUGUGUCCAGAUCUCCAGAGUCUGUUACUAGCUCCCUCACUAACCGCCUCCUCCCCUCUCCCUGCCCCCUUCCCCAGAAG